AUGGCAGAAAAUUUACCAGCAUCGAGCAAUGGGCUUGGUUUCGUCAACAAGAAACGGAUCAUUUUGAAUGCAUUUGAGAUGUCGACAGUCGGACACAUGUCGCCUGGACAAUGGAAGGACCCAGAGGAUAGAUCUGCAACAAAGCGAACCUUGUAUUAUUGGAUUAAUCUGGCCCAGAUUCUCGAGCGAGGAGACAUCAACGCGCUGUUUCUGGCAGACACCUACGGGGGCCACGAUACCUACGAAGGCUCGUUGGAUAAUUGUAUCAGGCGCGCUGCACAAUGGCCUGUAACCGAUCCUUCCAUUGCUAUAUCGGCCAUGGCGGCUGUAACAAAAAACCUCGCCUUUGCCAUCACCUACUCCACCUCCUUUGAGCCUCCUUUCUUGCUGGCGAAACGAUUGUCGACCCUAGACCAUCUAACGGCUGGCAGAGUGGGUUGGAAUAUUGUUACUGGCUGGAAGAAGGGUGCUUUCAAGGCAAUCGGGUUGGAUGAGCCAAUGGACCAUGAUCGUCGCUACGCGCAGGCAGACGAAUAUGUCCGCGUACUGUACAAGCUUUGGGAAGGCUCCUGGGCAGAUGACGCCCUUGUUCAAGACGCCUCGGCCGACAUCUUCACGGAUCCUGCCAAAGUUCGAACCAUCAAGCACCAAGGAGAGUUCUAUCACCUGGAGAGCAAACACAUUGUUGAUCCCAGUCCACAGCGGACACCACUUCUCUUUCAGGCGGGCACGUCACCGGCUGGCUCUCACUUCGGUGCCACUCACGCAGAAGGGAUCUUUGUUGCCGCACAUAGCGCGUCUGUUUUGGCUCCGCGUGUCGCCAAGAUGCGCGAGCUGGCACAAAACGCCGGUCGCGACCCUCAGUCGCUCAAAUUCUUUGCCAGUUUCACGCCAUUCAUCGGGGUCACCGAAGAAGAAGCAAAAGCCAAGUAUGAGCGGGCGAAGAAGUACACCUCUACCAUUGGCGGAUUAGUGCUGUUUUCCGGCUGGACGGGCAUCGACCUGUCCCAAGUGCCGCUGGAUGAGGAGAUUGACCCGAUAAAGCACUCGGUGGCGGCACACAAGAUCACUUCUACGGUCGAGAUGCUGACUGCGCGCAGUCCAGAUCUACCCUCACUGACCCCACGGCUGGUGGGCGAGAUGGCUUCCAUCGGGGGACUUGGACCGGUAGCGAUUGGCACUGCGGCACAGGUCGCAGAUGUGAUGGAGGCGUGGAUCAACGAGGCUGAUAUUGAUGGGUUCAAUCUAGCGUACGUGACAGCCCCCGGUACAUUUGAAGAUGUCGUCGAUCUUCUUGUGCCGGAACUCCGGCGUCGUGGGCUCUAUCCCGCGAAGGCUGAGACUGCGGACCCUUUGACGGCCAGAGAGAGACUCUUUGGCAAAGGCCAUAGUAGACUUGGCCCAGACCACGUAGGUAGCAGGUACAAGUACGAUGUCUACAAGGAUCCCCCCUUUUCUUCGGCAGAUUAG